GAAGAUAAGUGUUGGCGAGCGUCGAGUACACAAAAGGCGGUUGGGAGCCAUAGAGAGUGGGAGAAUGGCGGCCAGGGCUCAUGCAGUUUGCCUCCCAAUGGCAGCUCAAGGCCACAUAAAUCCCUUCCUCAAGCUAGCCAAGAUCCUCCACGCCAAGGGCUUCUUCGUCACCUUUGUCUACACCGAGUUUGACUACGCCCGCCUGUUGAAAGCCGGCGGCCUGGAUGCCGUGAAGGGCUCCGGCGACUUCCGGUUCGAGACCAUCCCUGAUUUCCUCCCGCCGUCCGAUCUCGACGGCAACCGGCACAUACCCAGCCUGUGCGAUUCCCUCAGCAAGAACGGGUUGGUCCCCUUUCGCGAUCUCUUAGCCAGGCUUAACAAUACUGCUGCAGCGCCUCCAGUUAGCCUUGUCAUCUGGGAUGGCAUCAUGACCUUCGGCCGGAAGGCCGCCGCAGAGCUCGGCAUCUCCAACAUCAUGUUUUGGACUGCUAGUGCUAGUGGUUUGAUGGGCUUCCUCCAUUAUCCGCAGCUCAUUGACAAGGGCUUGGCGCCACUGAAAGAUGAGAGUUAUCUCACCAAUGGAUUCCUUGACACUCCCGUGGAUUGGAUCCCUGGCAUGAGGGACAUUCGACUAAGAGAUCUUCCUGAACUCCUUCGAACGACAGACCCUCGCGAUAUCUUGUUUAACUUCGCGAUAAAGGAGACACAAGAUGCCUUCAACGCCACUGCAAUCAUGAUCAAUACUUUGGACGACUUGGAGCAUGAAGUUCUAGAUGCAUUGGGACGGAUGCUGCCUCCCAUUUACACCGUCGGUUCCCUAUCCAUGCUUUGCAAACAGAUAUCCAAUAAUUCGUCCAUGUCUCUGCAAUCGAAUCUAUGGAAAGAGGAUGCGAGUUGCAUCGAGUGGUUGGAUCGAAGGGACCCCAAAUCCGUGGUGUACGUGAACUUUGGUAGCGUCAUUAACUUGUCGAUGGAGCGCUUGCUGGAGUUCGCUUGGGGGCUUGCAAAUAGUAAUCAUUUCUUCUUGUGGGUCAUCCGAUCCGACCUCGUCUUCGGCGAAAAGGCCAUUUUGCCGCAAGAUUUUUUGAGAGAGACGAAGGAAAGGUGUUUGGUGGCAAGCUGGUGCCCGCAAGAGGAAGUUCUCUUGCACCCUUCGGUUGGGGCGUUUUUGACACACUGUGGGUGGAAUUCCAUAUUAGAAAGCAUACGAGGUGGAGUGCCGGUUUUAUGUUAUCCUGCCUUUGCGGAGCAGCCGACCAACUGUUACUUUGCUUGUAAGAAAUGGGGUAUUGGAAUGGAGAUUGGUGCCGAUUUGAAAAGGGACGAGGUAGAGGGCGUUAUUAAGGAGGUGAUGGAUGGAGCGAAGGGAAAGGAUAUGAGAAAGAAGGCUGGGAAGUUCAAGGAGAUGGCGGAGAGGGCUGUCAAAGAAGGCGGAACCUCCUACUCAAACAUGAACCUACUACUCCAUAGCUUAUUCUCACGACUUGAAUGAGCAAUCAUCAGCAUGGUUUGGAGUCUCAAAACUUAUUACAUGUCCUUUGGAAUUGGAUGUACCUGUGUUGGAGCCGCUGUUGUGGAUUAAUUUUUACCCGGCAUGUUGUUUUGGAUUUCAGAAAUCAGAGUAAUUUUUAUCUGUCUUAGCAUUA